AUGUCCAUCGAAAAGUUCAUCUCGCAGCCGCCGCUCAUCGUCCACUCGUCGCUCUCGCAGCUGCGAUACCUCGUCCUCUCAGAAGGCCUCUCAGACCAGGGCCAUCCCAGAACCAGAUCCCACGUCUGGUCCAUCCUUUCUCGCGCCUCCCUCGAGAAAUGCACCCAGGACUACCUCCUGCUGGUCCAAUUGGGCCCCCCGCCCGCUAACUGGAUCUCCAAAAUCAAAAACGAUACCUUUAGAACACUCUCAACAGACGAGAAAUUCAGAGCUAAAGUCGACGAGUCACAGCUCAUUCGCGUCCUAUCCUGCUUCGCAUGGGACGUAUUGCACCAUAACAACAGGAAAACAUCACUCCCGCAACUCUCCCCCUACGUCCAGGGAAUGAACGUCCUGCUAGCACCCUUCUUGUACGUUUGUCCAACGGAACCCAUCGCCUACAAGCUUUUCCACACCAUUUGCUACCAGAUGAUCCCCACGUACUUGAACCAGUCGCUAUCAGGCGUACACGUCGCCGCAAAACUCCUCGACAAGUGUCUCAAGAUCAUCGACCCGAAACUCAGCAAGUUUCUCGCAGACAAUUUGCUCACAGCAGAGAUCUUCGGCAUCCCAUCGAUUCUCACGCUUUCAGCGUGCAACAAACCGCUCGAUCAGGUCAUCAAGCUCUGGGAUUUCAUGUUCGCUUACGGAUUCCACAUGAACAUCCUCUUUAUCGUCGCGCAACUCGUACUCAACAGACAAGCAAUCAUGGUGUCGGACUCACCAAUGAACCUUUUGCGCGAUAUCCCAAACAUCAACGCAGACGAAAUCAUCACGCUGGGCGUUGGGUUUCUCGCCAAGUUGCCCGAUCCGCUAUACAAAAACCUCGUUGACCAUCUCACCGAUGAGUCCACUGCAUCUCGUUUAUAA